CCCGGCAGUUUCGAAGCCUCCGAAAGCCUCAUUUAAAGCCCACGGAUCCCACCCCGCACCUCACCUUCGUCCUCCUCGAUCCUACCCCCCCCCCCCCCCCCCCCCCGGGUUCUCCUCCUCUCGCCGCCAUGGCCAAGCAGAGGCUUCUCGCUCUCCUCCUGGUGGCAGCCCUCCUCGCGCUCUCCUUCUCGCAAGGGCUGGUGGAGGCGCGCAAGGUGCAGGUGAUGCGGGCGGCGCCGCGCGACGGGCGGGCCCUCCGCGGGCGGCUGCUGCCGGAGGAGAUGGUGUACACGAUGAUGGACUACGGCCCGCCCACGGCCAACACCAACACCCACGGCGGCAUGGUCCCGACGCCGGACCCCUCCUCGCCGCCGACGCACUGAUGGACCGACCGGCCGGCCGGCGGGCGGCGGCGUAGCAUCUGCGUAUAUAUUUCCACACACACAUAUAUAUUUUUGGAUUUUGGGGAUUGGGGUGUGUCUCUGAACUUCUGAAGGCUGGAAGGGGAGGGGAUCGUCAGAGUAAGCUGCUGCUCUUCUCCCUCUCCGAUCCUUGGCGCCCAUAGAGCGGAAGCGCGUAGUGCCGUGGUAGGAUUGCUUGCUGUGCUUGGUUGAUUGGAACAGUGGGGGGUCUAGAGCGAUGUGUAUCGGGUGAGGUGUCAACGCAAAUCGUUUCGUUUUCGUUCGUUCUGAUCAGUGACCACUGCACCUUGUUCGCCUGUGUUUGUUUUGUUCGGGGAGUUUGGACGGACGUACGUAUGGUGACUUGAUGAAUUUUGUACGAAUCUAUCAAUAUCCCCUCUGUACACGAUCGCGUGGAUAUGAAUGCUCGUGGAAUAAAAUUUGUCGGCAAUAAUAAUGCGCUAGUGAUCUCCAUUGUUC